ACUUGAGUGGAAAUUAUGUGACAGCAGAUCCCUUCUGGCUGUGGUGACCUCUGACAUUACUUCAAUUAUCCUGAGACCAGCACAAUGAGCGAGCCAGACCCUGUCGAUAUCACGCCCAAAAUAAUCGAAGUUGCCUCCCUGGCUCUCCUGGAGAACAUUAAAACCCAAACCACAUCCCAUGUCGCGGCCUUUCUUCAAAGCCUCACAGAUGACGUCAAAAAUCACCUCUUCCCCUUCACAGAGGCAAACAAGGAGCGCUUUGGGGAGGUGAAGUCAGGCUCGUUGUGGCGUGACUUCACCCACCCUUUUUUGCAUGCAGCCUGCAAAUAUGGGAACGUGGGUGACGUCUGCUUGCUGCUGUGUUCUGGUGUGGAUACAAGGCUCUGCACUGAAGAGCAGGAAGGUACAGCACUAGAUGUCGCAACUUUUCAUGGCAGACUGGAAAUUGUGGACAAGCUUUUGGAGUGGGACCCAAGUAUGAUUGAAGAUGAAGAAACCGUGAAAGGCCUGUUGGCAAAGGCUUGUCGUGCGGGACAUCUAGAGAUGGCUAAAUUAUGGCUCGACAAACUGGCUGAGAUGAAGGGGGAGGGUGAACGGCCAUGCCCAGAAGACUUUGUUGCUAUGAACGAUCACUUCAUUGCCGCUUGCCAAGGUGAACAGUAUGAGCUUGCUUCGUUCCUAGUGGAAGAAAAAGUGGUCACUAUAGGGAGUGAGACUGCCCUCAGAACAGGCCAGAAAUUCAGUGAAGUUUUGAGACUUUGGUGUAAAUAUGAGGAAGAAGAGACCGGGGAAUUUCAGGAACUUGUAGCCAAAUGGAACAACAGGUGUCUUCACGUAUUUGACAGAAACUGGCUGGAUUCGUCCAAGACAGACCUCUGGCAUACGUUGAUCAAAAUCAAUCUAUCCCAUAACUCAAUCAAGACGAUUCCGGAGAUGCUGCUGUGGGGACUGCGCCAUUUAGAGAGACUUGAUUUAUCUCAUAAUCUGAUCACAAAGCUACCGGAACCGAAAAGCAUGGAGAGACUGACAGACUCAAGACUGAUGUAUUUGAAGGUUUCCAACAAUAAACUACACUUCCCUGUGAUUGAGCUGUUCAUGUUACCACUCCUGGAGCACCUGGAUUUAUCCAACAAUGCCAUCACAAGCCUCAACCAUAAACGCUUCCCGUCUACGCUGGUCAAACCAGAAAAAGGGAAAAUCGUUUGGGAGUGCAGUAACCUUACGUCACUGAACGUUUCGGGGAAUCACAUCCUACAAAUACCCGAAAGCAUUACCGCUGCAAAGAGCUUAAAGAACCUGUGCAUCAACAAUAAUAGACUGGCCAAGCUUCCAUCAGCAUGGGACUGCCCGUUGGUCAAGCUCAACGCCUCGGGGAAUUCCAUCAAAGAGGUACCAGACAUGCACGGCCACUGGAGCCGUUCCCUGGUCAUCCUGAACCUAAGCAGUAACAACCUGACGGAGAUCCCCUGGACAAUAUGUCAACUGACCGCCCUGCAUGAUCUGAACCUGUCUAGUAACCUCAUCACCCAGCUCCCAGCUCCUACGGUAUGGAGUAUCUAUAGCUUAAAGGAGCUGUGCCUGGCCGAUAACCGACUCCUUCACGUAGAGAAUCUGGGAUCUCCUGGGAUCAGUCAGAAGAGAAAAAGCUUCCCACUGUUCAAGAAGAAGCUCAGCAUGGAAGCAUUAACUUCAGGUUCCCCGGGGAGUACCUUCUACUCGGCUGGCUCUUUCAGCGAGCACGCCCUCCUCCUCUCGUUUCCUGAGGUCUUCGAGGACAGCCUGACCAACCUUGAUCUCAGCGAUAACCAACUGCAGGUCGUUCCGCCGAGCGUCUGCAACUUGUACAGUCUUCAUGAGCUGGAUCUGAGCGGGAAUAAGGGUAUAACGAGACUCCCCGAUGAUUUAGCACAGUUAAGGAACCUUUACUUCUUGGGAUUGAAAGGGCUAGAGAUCAAGGAGCCUGAGACGGUAGCGGAAGUCAUGAAAGAAGAAGGGAUUCAGACCAAGAGCAUCUUGAAUAAACUCAACGAGAGACUGAUGAAGUGUCGACCGUAUUACGGGAUGAAGCUCAUGCUGAUUGGGCCGGAGAGAUGCGGCAAGUCGUCUUUACUGGCGUGUCUCAUCGGGGAAGAAUCCAACGAUGACGACAGCGGGAUAAACAUCGGCUCAUGGACUCUACAUGAUCCUGUCAAGCAUAAAUCCUCGUUCAGGGAGAGACUCAAAUCUAAAACCAUGAUAGGUACGCCCAGUCAUCAACAGAAGGAAAUAGAAUUCUCCACCUGGGAUCUGAAAGGAGGCGAGAUGAACUGCAUCAUCCAUCAGUGUUUCCUGACCCCGAGGGCGCUUUACCUAUUGGUCUGGGACGUCAGGGAUGAUCUGGAAGGAGUGGAGAAGCUCUGCCCCUGGUUACUCAGUAUUCAGUCGAGAGCAUCAUCUAGUAUCGUCAUCGUCGUGACAACACACAUCGACAAACUCAGAAAGUCUCAAGACCUGGAAGCUCUCCGAGCGGAAAUCUGCAAACGGUACAACCGCCAGGACGGCUUCCCGGAGAUCGCUGGCAUCCUUGAGGUGACGGCAACGAGUCCGGACGGUACGGGUAUCGGACAGCUACGGGAGUUCAUCUAUGAAAGUGCAGUCGGGAUGCGGAUCAAGAAGAAGACGAGCGGCGGCUCGUCGACGAAGGUUCCGUUCAUUGGCAGAAUGGUUCCUCAUACUUUCUUCAUCUUAAAAGACAUCAUGGCUAAUGAAAGUGAGCGACUCCGAAGAUGCAGUCCUCGACUCCCUCCGAUACUGAAGGAUGCAGAGUUAGCGAACCACAUCAGGAAGAUACCAAACAACAAAAUACAGAGCACUCAGGAUAUUGAAGAAGCUGCUGAAUUCCUAAGCUCCUGCGGUAGCCUCGUCCACUUCAACGACCAUCUUCAAGGACUCAACAGCCUCUACUUCCUGGACCCGGUCUGGCUGUACAUCGUACUCAGUAAAGUCGCCAACAUGAAGAGUGCCCUGGUAAGGGAAGGGCGUAUACAAAAGACGAGCCUUGCCGCACUGUGUGUGGAGAGUGGCUUCGGUGAGAACCAGUUUGAGGAGUAUCUGCAGCUGCUGCAACGGCUGGAGAUACUGCUGCCCAUCAGUCGCACAGAGUUCCUGAUCCCGAGUAGACUUCCCAAGGAGCAGCCGGGACAGGAUCUUUCACCGACUCUCCAAGACGAGAAGUUUCUCCAGACCCUGGAGCGUGUCUACAAGCUUCCUUACAUCCCACCGGGAUUCUGGAGUCGAUUGGUCUCAAGGGUCUACGUCUCUCUCAAGAUGCUGGACACCGGGGGGCCGGCGGCCACCAAGGGCGGGAGGUCCAGGAGGACACCCAAAAGGAACUCAGGUAUGAACCAGAGUAUGAGAGUUGGUGUGACGUUGAGUCGAACAAACAUCAUGUACUGGCAACGAGGAAUCUUUGUUCUUCACGAGACGGGUCGGAUCUUUCUCACCCCUCUGACAUUCAAAGACUCUAAGCCGGGGAUCUGCGUCCGCAUCCACUGUCUGGAAGGCGUGUUCAAACCUAUGGGUUUCAUGGUGGACCACAUUGAGAACCUGAUAAAAGAGUGGUAUCCGGGUUUAUUGGACGUUGAUGAAUUCAGUGGGAAAAAUCUCAUCCAGAGGUUGAUUCCUUGUCCAGAUUGCACAGCAGCAGAGAUCAAAAGGGAUAAAUUGCAGAGGUCGCCGCUUACAGGAUGCGAGGAAAACAUUCAUUAUUUCUCCGUCGGUCAGCUUUCCAUGGCCGCGACAGUGGGAGGGUCCGAAGAGGUGGAGUGUCCAAGAAAUCCAGGCGUGAGCUUGCCGUUGACGAGACUCAUCCCCGAUCUCCUCCUGUUGGACCUCCCCAUCAGGGCUCUGGAUAAAACUCUCUUCGACUUCGACCCAAAGAAGAGCCGCCGCCUCGGAAGCGGUGGUUUCGGAGAAGUCUUCCGCGCAAAAUUCCGCGGAGAGAACGUCGCAGUGAAGAUGUUGAUCGGAUCGACCUUCCUCCGGCAGAGCACAGACUCGGGCUUGCAGUCUGGGGGUAGUCAGAAGUCCAGUGUUGGUAGCAGCUGCGAGUCGGGUCGCGGCACGCCCUUUUUAAUUUCCAGCCAGCGCGCCGGGAGCAACGCCGAUUUCACUGCGGAGCUAGUCAUCAACGGAUUUGCGAAUCUCCGCAGCGAAGUCGCCAUGAUGGCCAAGCUAAGACACCCGUGCAUUAUCCACCUCAUUGGGAUCUCGAUCCAACAUCUUUGCUUCGCGAUGGAGCUUGCCCCUCUUGGUGACCUGGCAAGCUUCUUAAAGAAGGAGCUGGAGAAUCAGAGAGAGGAGUUGAACCAGAAGGUUUACCAUACGAUCUUAGACCGUACCCUGACGUACAAGAUCGCUCUUCAGGUGGCGCAUGGUGUCUUGUACUUACACAGGAAGAAGAUCAUCUACUCGGACUUAAAGACGGAUAACGUGUUGCUGUAUUCACUUUCUGCGGAUGCUUCUGUUAACAUUAAACUUACAGAUUAUGGGAUAGCUCGGCAUUUGGACCUGCAGGGCGCCAGGGGGAUGGCUGGUCCCAUGGGCUUCUGUGCACCAGAGAUUCUACGUGGUAAAACAUUCACAGAGAAGGUGGAUUGGUUCUCAUUCAGCAUGCUCCUCUACCAUCUCAUCACUGGUACCUGGCCCUACGAGAACCUCAAAUCAGCCAUCGAGGUCCGCGGCGCCGUGGACACUGGCAUCAAACCUGCCUUUGUGUAUCGGGACUACACCAUGGUCCCCAUGUUCCCGGCCCUGGAGGGACUGAUGCAAAGAUGCUGGAACGACAAACCACUGGCGAGACCUAGCGGACAUGAUAUUGCUACCGUGCUCAGGAACGCAUCGUUCGUCUGUCUGUAUAACGUGAUACCGUUGCACACUGCAGGGAAGAUAACUUGCCUACAGACGGGUAACGGUCAACUAAACGAGAACUCAAGUCGUCUGUGGCUCUGGACUGGUGACGGUGCAAAUUGUCAAAAAGCAAAAAUUCAUAUCAAGUACUACUCCGAUGGGGAACUCUUACAAAAACAACUCAAUGGGUCUCAGGCAAAUUGUAUGGUACAAGUUGGACACUCGGAACUUGUUGGAACGAAGGAUAACUGUAUCCAGCUGUAUGAGCUUCCUGCGGUUGGUCCUCAACUCAUCGGCCAUCAGAAAGAUUUCCGCGUUGAUUCUGAGGUGCUGUGUCUCCGCUAUCAACCAGUCAACAAUAAGGACAUUCAUGGGCGUCUGUUUGCGGGUCUGGCCGAUGGUCAUGUGAUCGUCUUCAACCACACAUUGUUGUCGUCGUCGGCGGGGAGCAGCGACAACGGACCGGGGAUGAUGUGGUGUAGGUCAAAGGUCUUGACGAUGGAGAAAAGGCAGUGCAACGUCCUGGAGCUGGUACCUGAGCGGGAGGAGGUUUGGAUAGCGUGCGGCAAUCGGCUGCGCAUCCUCUGCACAAAGGAGAUGCUGCUUGAGAAGCAGUCCAUCACCGUGACAGCUCGAGCUCAGCUUGGCAUCUUGGGUCUAGCUCAUCACCAAGAUAAUCUUUUCUGCAUCACAGAGCAAUCCUCCAGAGUGUUACAGUACAGCAUGGCGGGCCGCCAACUUGUACAAGUCUUACAAUGCGGUAAAGUCGCCCUGCAAUGCGGCGAUUGUUUGGUAUGGUCCGAGGACAGCAAAGCCGCACAGGAAAAAGAAGAGGAGGAGGUAGUGGUGUCCCCGGGAAGAAUAUCCUUGGAGGUGAACGAGACUCUGCAAGAAAGCAAGGGUGAGAGUCCCCCUGAAGACGACGAGGGCGAUGAUAUUUCAUUUCGGAAUUCACACUUUGGCGGACAACAUGCAGCCACCCUGUCUGGUGCAUCCACUCUCAGCUCCAGAUCAUUCCUGCAUCCACCAACGGAUAUCCGACGGCCAUCAUCGGACGGUUCGGAGAGGCACACCUCUGGCGUUGUUUUUCCACAAGUUCAGUCACUGUUAACGGUCAAAGAUACACUGUGGGUUGGGAUGAACACUGGCGACACCCUAGUCACCUUUGUAGAUUCCGCAAACUGCGGCAGGUACGACUUUGGGGAGUUACUCGCUCAGCUGGGGCCUUCUGAUGAGUUGGGAGAGCAGAGUGGGCCGGUGAAACAGUUGUUGAGGGCGGGGGAGGAGUAUGUAGUAGGUUGUCAGGAGAUACAGCCGGCCUGCAAUGCAGACAAGUCAGACACCCCUUGUCAUUACCAGCUCCUGGUGUGGCAGGCAUGGGGAGCCGAUAACAUCUGGAACUUUAAUCACAUUCAUGAGGUGUUGAAUGAUGCUGUAGAAGCCAUGGAGGAAUAACUGCAACAAAAUGUUCUUUCCAACCUGGGUCCAAAAACUUGCUUAGCAGAAACAACUUUUGCUUAGAAAAAAUAGGCUUCCAGCCAGAAAACCAUACAGUUACUGUAGGUGUGUCUGGUACCCCCGUCCUUUCUUGCUUAAUUAAGUUAAAUCGUAUUUAAUGUGUACAAAUUGAGACUUCUCUCUGUAAAAGAACAUGAUCUUGUGUGAUAAUUGUCUGAAGCUGUUGAUAUUCUGAAAAAAUGUAAUACUGAAAUUGAUUAUAUUUCUAUUUUGUACAUAUUUUAUUUUGAGCUGAAAUUUGUAUGUAUACUUGAGAUAUGCCAACGUUUGAUUAACUCUUAUUCUGAAUGUAUUGAUUUACUUGAGGGCUGUAUAAAAUUAGAACCAAAUUAUGUAUUUGAUGACAAAGCUAUUUUAAGACAGGCGCGAACAAAAUGAAGUGUUUGGAAAUUAAAACUCUGUUGUUCCGAGCAUUAUAUUGCAGGGAGGAGAAAUUUCAGACUUUUAUCUGAAUUCAGACGUUUUAUUGACCCAAUUCACCUGACGUCAUCAUCAAAUAAU